GUCUUCUAAGAGUUACAAAUCACUAUUUCCUUCCUACAUGGCGUUAUGAAUAAUUAGCAGCGGGUACACGUGAAAUCCAGACGCGGCCAUGGCACCAACCAAGUACCAUAAAUUCCGUUCCGGCGAGCGGUGCGACGAGUGCGGCGCGCGGCAAUGGUACGCGCAGGACGCGCUGCGGUACUGCCGCAACGGCCACCGACUCGAAGGGUUCGCCGAACACGAGGGCGAUGAGGACAAUUUCGGUACCCAGGGCAGAGUCACCCGUAAGAAGAAAGAGAAGAGGAAGAAGAUCGCUGUGAAGCUUUCUGGCGAUGAGGGUAGGGAGUUGUAUCUCGAGGUGUUGCAGUUGAUACUGUUGAGACAGGUGCGCUGGUUGAUUGGGAAGAAGGCGUUUCCGGCUGAUUUCGAGGAGAUUGUCAGGGCGCUUUGGGCGUUGCGGGUUAGGAGUUUGCCGGUUAGGGGGGGUGAGAACGAUGAUGGGGAAAGGGAGGAGAGUCAACCGGUGUUUAGCUCGAUGGGUGAGGGGUCGGGGGACGAGUCUGAAGAGUCUGAUGCGCGCAGGCGGUGGAAGCUGCCGAGACUGGUCGAUACGCUGGCGUUGUGUUACUUGGGCUGCUUGGUCAGGCGGUUACCUGCCUCGACGGCGGAUUUCUGCAGCUGGGCGCAAAGGGGGGAAAUUGACUUUCUUGCGGCGUUCAACGACAUCCCGCGUAAUGUCCGGGACCGUCUUCCGGCGGAAUACCACCGCGCUUUGCAGGUUAGAGAUCACAUCCCGCCGGGGCGACUGCAGGCUGCCGUGCGAGAGCUGGUGAUCUCGUACAAAGUCAAUUUCGAAACAGUCUUCCCGCCGCUAAAUUAUGUGCCUAUACUUGUGCGAUUCAUUACAGAUUUGACUCUUCCUGCUGAGGUAUACAUGACGGUCAAGUGUAUGACCGAGAUAUUCAAGGCGAAUUAUUCUUAUCCUACUGGGGGUAAAAGAAUUCAGACGAUGGAUAACCCGGAGGUUCUCCUAAUAAGUUUAGUUGCAGUUUCUGUAAAGCUACUCUAUCCAUUGGAUGGCAUAGAACGCCCUCCCCGAAGCCACGAAGACCCUCGAAGUCUCAAAGUGAACUGGGCAAAGUGGCAGGAAGUCAUGCAAGAUGACACGACAGAAACGUCGUCUAAUUUACGACGAGGGGAAGAAUAUAAGGUAACUUCUGAUGAUGUAUUAACUAUGGAUAAGGAAAAGCUAGACGAUUUCAUGGACUGGUUUGAGAAUAUGUGGAUAGGGGACGGCGAUGCAAAAACCGACGAACGGAUUCGAGAACCCUUCGAGAACCAAAAGCGACCUUCUAAGCCAAACACCCUUAACCAAAGGCUUAAUACUGGCAGAGAUGGUGAACGUAUAAGAAAUAGAUAUGAAGCUUUAAAUAGUUCCCUGCAAGUACUCGAACCAGUUCCUGAUCCUGAAGACCUGGAGAAUGGAAAUAAGGAAAAGCAGGAUCGAGAUUUCUGCCCUGUUUGGCGAACCGAGGAGGAUCUCCCUGAUGCAGCAAAGGUCUUCUACCAAAAAGCAGCGAAUAUUGCGGCUAUACCUUUAGAUACACUGAUGAAAGGUACUGCACAGGUUGAGAAUCGGUUGGCAGCUUGGUGUAAUCAGAGAAUGAAGCGGGAAAGGGAUAAGGGGAAGGGUAAGGCGAUUUUGAUGGGCGAUGAUUCAGCAUAGUAAUAUACCAACUUAUACCUAAAUAAGGUACCUACAAAAUAUACUUAAGUUGAGGAACGAAUGAAAACGACCUUGACAUCGUCAAU